AUGGCUCACAUGAGGGCCUCGUGCAGUGACUCUGGAUCCGACCCGGCAGGUGUUGAUAUCACCCGGACUGAGGUUCACGAUGUACCCUUUCAGGAUGCAGCAUCGGAUGACGAUGUGUCGGUACAGUCUGACUUUGCUGCAGGUGUGGAUAUUUCGUACCAGGCAUCCUUUCCAGGGGACAUCGAAGCCUUCCUUGCUAUGCAGGAUCAUGAUGGUUCCGAAGACUCAAAUGACAUGGAGAUCCCGUCAAGGAAGCCUUCCCUGCAAGGCAGCUCUCAGCAUUUGGAGACUGAGCAUGGCAUCGAGAGAGAUGCCAUCGGAGGUGCUAUGUCUGUGAAGCUAGUAAGCUGGGCAGAUCCCCUCAAGCUCACCCCCGUCCCCGUGGAUUUGGUGGAGAGAAAUGCAAAGAUUUUGAAGGACUUGUACCAGUCUGCAGGGGUCCAUCUGCCACCACAGAUGGAAUGGAUGUUUCUAGCCAACCUGAUUCAGCAGUACACCGGCCCUGUUGAAGACGUCUUUGAUCAGGUGACUUUCUAUGAAUCGAAGCAGCAGGUGUAUUGGAAGCAUCAUCUGAAGAAGUUUUUCACGACGAAACCCACCGACCCUGCAGUGCAUCGAUACACCCUGUUCUUCGCACACGGCACGAACUCAGGUGGAGCAGAGGGGAUUAUGAACUCCAGGUACUUGGCACCUGCAACGAUUGCAGACGGCCCGUCCGCUGUAGGACACUACAGUCAAGCAACCAAUUGGACAGACAACGAAAGCCAGCUUUUGGUGCUUGUUCUCUCCAAUCGCUUUACAAGGGACUUGAACAUUGAUGGCAUGGACAUCAUGGAUGUGAAGUUGUCUCAGGUCACGACAGGAGGCAACACAAACUGGGGAUUGCGAUCCCUGGCAAACGGCAGGGAUAAGUUCUUUGAGACUUUCAAGUCUCGACAGGAAGCUAUUAUGGCAGGGACCUUGAUGCGAGCUCUGCGUGGCGAUUCAGUCGGUACAUCAGGUGCAGAUCUCAAUGCCACCCUUACUCACAUGACGAAGACCAAGUUCCCAGGACCGACUUCAGCUAACCAAUCGAUGCUGGACCAGGUUCGUCAGUUGCAGCGAGAAAAUGCCAGGUUGAAGAGUGGAACUCGCAGCCGUGAAGCCAGACCGAGUGCAAGUGCACGACCACCCUCGGAGGAGACCAAGGACCCAGUCACACCGAAGAUUCCUACCAGGUCAGCACCCAAGAACUCAGGUUCGGCCAAGACAUCUCAGCCCCCGUCCUAUCGGCGAGCUAAGGCCAAAUCCAGCGCCGAGCUGCCCACUACGGUAGUUCGUAGCCUUGAAGAUUGUUGGGUACCACGGAACGAAGCAGGAGCAACUCAUGAUGACCCGGAUGAACUCGCCACCUUACCACCUCGUUCCCAGGAAGGUUCACCUGACCUCGCAGGAUUCAGCGAUGAUGUACUGGAUGAAGAAGCACCAGACUACGCUGAUCCACUAGAGACAGUGGAUUCUUUUCGACCCCAGUCCGAGAACCCCAUCUUGGACGAAUGUAAGCUUGACAAUUUCAAGGUCGCCACCAUCAACAGUUGGAUUUCCUCGAAGGUCGGCAAGGAACGUAUGAAUCAAGUUCGUACAGCUGCAGAUGAGUUGUCAGCUGCCAUGUCUCGUCUUUCCCCAGGGAGCAGGCCAGCUUUGGAUGCCAUCGCAGUGUCGUGGGGACUUCCGGUCAGUACAGCAGCGAAGGUCAAUCGAGUGCCGAGUGAUUAUUCAUGGGAGUGGCAUACUCAGGUUCAUCUUGCCGAGUCCAGGUUGGCGGAAGAGUAUCCACAGGCAGUUACAGCCAGUGGACAUGUUUUUGCUGCAGCUAGAACUAUCGCUCCGAACGCAGACUUGUCAGGUUCAUCGGAAGAGACACUGGACACCAAUCGAGGAAUUGACAAAGUUUCUUCUCAGGUGCGAGCAUGGGGUCACCAUUGGCUCCAGUUCUUUGCUCUUUGGUGGCUGCAGAACAAGAAUUUCUGUUGA